AUGCGAGGCGAGGACGAGGUCUUCACGUGCGAGGAUGCUGCUGCGAAGCUGAGUCUCCCCUCCACAAUUGACCAAAGAUGUUCACCAUCACAACCACUCACGCCAUCUCCAACCUCUGUCAACCACCACCGCUUGAAAACCACUUCACCGAGAAGCACCAACCACCAAACGGUCACCCAUAUACCCCAAACACCAUCGCCAGCCGAGAACAAGCACUGCCACCGUCGAGCUUCCACUGCUAUCAACGAAGACAACCACCGGACACCCCUCUCCAAUUGUCGACCAACCUCGCACGAUCACUUCCGUGAACCCCUACCAUUAAAUUCUGAUUUCAUGUUUGACCGCUUUGAAUUUGAGGGUUAUUCCUUGCAUUCAGGCAUGAAGUAGAUUUAUCUCAGGAUGUCAACCAACCACUACCUUAUGAUGAUGAUGAUGAUGAUGAUGAUGAUGCAUUUGAUUGGAUGUUUUUUUUUUUUUAAGACUUACAUUGUUCCCCUGUUCCUAUAGCUAAAAAGGUGAAACUACUUCCGGACAACCACCUGUUUUUUUGUAAUACUUGAACCAUUGAUGGGUUGAUUGGAAUAUAUGUGAAGAUUGAACAAAAAGGAAAUCUUCAUCUUCACUUGCAUUCAAAAUUAUCUUAGUAUUAUAAUGGAAUAAAGCACGAUUGUUAUGGCUGGAGCAGAAUCCGAACUGAUGAAGCUAAAGCGGUGUGAAGCCAAUGGAUAUCCCAUUUAAGAUAAAUUUGGAAGUAAAAGAAUGGUGAGGCACUUCUGGAAUCGGUAAAUAAAGUUAGCGCAAAAUCAUUUUCCAUGGUGUGGUUGCACCCUGUGGUGGAAAAACAUUUCAAUCGAGUUGAGUAUUUGUGUGAUUAAGUAAGUGAGGGUCAUACAAUUAAUUGAUUUCCAUAAUUCUCAUAUUGUAUCUUGGUUGUAAUAAAUUUUUAGAUCUUUCUUCCAUGUUUUUUGACAUGUUGUAGAAACUAAAACCACCCACAUAUUUGCUUGAAGAACUAUUGUUUAGACAAAGAAGUUAUUAUUUGGUAUUGGUGUGUUCUAUUUUAUUUUUGUUUGUAUAAUAUUGUAAUAGUGGAAUUAUAUUUAGGAUGCAUUAUGCAUUAAAAAAAUUAAUUACAUCACUAUAAUAUGGG